UGUGUGUGUGUCAGAGAGAGAGAGAGAGAGAGAGAGAGGAGAGAGAGAGUCGUAUAGAGAGAAAGAGAGUCAAUGAGAGAGCUAUAGAAUAGUAUUAGAAAGUGUGAGAGAGUUUUAAUAAGAGUGGAGAGAGAGAGAGAAAAAAAGAAAAACAAUCAUUGGAUGUGUUGUAUGAAUGGAUGGAUCGCCACUUGACGUCUGCGCCUAACUUCGGACGGCUUUACUGAGUCUCGCAUCACAUCUGAAACUAUUUCUUAAUUUUCUGAUCAAUGAUUGCAUUAAUAAGUUAAAGAAAGUCCGCAAUGUCUUCAUCGGAAAAGAGCGCAUCAAUUGUAUCCAAAGACAGGACUCGAAUGAUAAUCUCAGCCAUUGAUUGCCUCAAAGGACGCAAAGCACGACCCGAUGAGACAAAGAUUUGUAAUUUUGUUGAGAAGCGCUUCGGAGUCAACAAACAAGAAAUUAUUGCCGCAAUCAAAGAUGCGGUGAUCGAGGGAUCGGUUCUUAAAGUUAAAUACAAGGAUUCUGUCAGUUAUCGAAAUCCCUUAAAGUUUAACCAAAAAAUGUCAAAUCAUAUCAUGUCUUCAACGGACACUAUUUGGAACAUUAGUCCGCAAACUAUGAAACGAUUCGUAAGAGAGUUGCGUGUAUUGUGUCGUCAGAGACGCGAUGGCGUCACAAGACAUGAGAUUAUCGAGUCUUUGAAGAAGAACUGCCACUUCAAAGAUCACAACGAGUCUCUUGUCGACAGACUUUUGUGUCGAUCUAUUCAAACAGGAACCAUAAAACAACUUUCUUCUGGAUAUUAUAUAGUUAUGUUUGGUAAGCGCUUUAUUGGGUCUAAAAGGCGACCGCAACAGUGCAUUGCAUCGGAUAAAGUUUUGAACAAAAACAAUAUCAAUGACAAAAGUGAUUGCAAUAAAAAUGUUAAUGUGGCAAAAGAAUUAUUGUUAACUGAUCCAUUGUCGCCCAACCGUAAAAAAGCAGUACCAGUAAUGACACGGGAGAGACCAGUCAGCAAACGAAAGAAAUUUAAGAAAUCUUUGGGACCAGAUUUUAUAGUGUCUUCUGAAAAGAGUUCACCACAUAUGAGGGAUAGCUUUGAACCGAAGUGUGAUUUCUGUCACUUAAAAACUAAAUUUACAAAACGCGGCGAAAAUGAAGAAUCGCUCACUUGUAAGGACUGUAGCGCUAGAGCACAUCCAAGUUGUAUGGGAUAUAGCAGAGAGUUAGCUGAGAGAUCGAGUCUGAGUCCGUGGCAAUGCAUGGACUGUAAGACGUGUAACAUAUGUCACGAUUCCAGAGACGGUGAGAAUAUGUUAGUCUGUGAUUUCUGUGACAAAGGAUUUCAUAUGAAUUGUCACAUUCCGAUGGUUCAACUCAAGCCAAUUGGCAAAUGGGAGUGUAAUGAUUGCAAUACAAACAAAAGCAGUUCAAAAACCUAUCAAAAUAAUGAUAAUAAUAAAUCCAACGAAGAAACUGAUACUAAGAGGGCUCGAGUUAUAUACAAAAGAAAUUCAGAGACCUCUUGUUCUUCAUCGAGCUUUGUCUCCAAUUCCAAAGAAAAUUACAGCAAUGGUUAUCCUGAUAUCAUACCUAAUCCGCAGAAAUGGUCAGCUGAUGAAGUCUCACAAUUUAUAUGUGAUAUCGGUUUCCCCGAACAGUCAAUACUGUUCAAAGAACAGGAAAUCGAUGGCACAUCUCUAUUGUUGUUAAGACGAUCGGAUGUAUUAACCGGUUUUCACAUGAAGUUGGGUCCGGCGCUCAAAAUUUAUUCGCAUAUAAUGCGUCUCCAAAAAAAUGACUGAUUUUUGA